CAGUUGAAGUGAGCUGGUGCUACACAUUUGCAAGGGGUCCACUCAUCGGGUCCCGGCAUAACUAAAUUCCGUCGCUAUUGGAACUUUUUUAUUUCGCAAGCUCCGAAGCAUUUGGAAGACAUCAUUUCUUGUAAAUUUAAGUCAUUCGCGAUGGGUUCAAGCGCGAGGAAAAAGAAGGAAAAGAAGAAAGACUUCCAGGUAUGCAUCACACUCUUUUUUCUCAAACAUAGUUAACCCAAUCUUCCUAGAAAGUAAAACUUCGAGUGGGCAAGACUAAGGCCAAGGCCGACAACUUUACGGACACCAGUUUCAAAUCCAAAUCAAUUGUUGUAAACCAGCAAUCUCUCACAACUUCUGCGCCUUCAAAUGUUGUACAGUUUACUCAUUAUCUUUCACUGGCAUCCAGUUCAAGAUCGGACACCCAGCGAAAGGAUGCGCUCUCAUUUCUCACAACGCAACUCUCUUCACAGCCUGUGAACGAAGCAAUACCUCUCCCAACCGCUGUUAUCCUCCCGAAACUCUUACCUCUAAUCCUUGAUGGAAAUGCCUCUGUACGAUCACAGCUCCUCAAAUUUCUCCGACUUCUGCCACCUGCGGAUAUUGGUGAUCGAGUGGAAUCUGCCUUAUUAUAUACAAGAGCUGGUAUGACGCAUUUGGCUACAGAGAUUCGUGUCGAUGCUUUAGCUGUGUUAGAAUGGCUCCUUCAAGUUGCGGGUGAUGACGUGGUUUCAUGUCCAGGUGGGUGGGUGAAAACAUUGAAAAGUUUCAUGUCAAUGAUAGGCUGGACUACGAGCAGCGCAACGUCAAAAUGGUCGUCUGCAAGUAGAGUUAGCUUUGGAAUAAGUAGGACUAGCUUUGAGAAGUCGGGAAAAACUCUUCCAAGACAAUUAUUGGUGCUUUCCCAGUUUCUUAAGGCUGGCCUUAUGGAACCAGAUAUGGCUGCGCAACCAACAACGAGUGGUAAUCACUUUCCACUUUUUGAUGUCGAGCGACAUAUGAUACCCUCGAGGGCAAAUGCAUAUGCACAUCUCAAUCUAUUUGGAUCAUCCAGAGACGAAGAAGGAGAAAUGUAUAUUGACCGGGAAGAUCGUCAAAGAGUUUUUCACAAAAGAUUUCAGGCAGACGUGGUCAUUGGAGUAGAACAUGCUAAAAGAGAAGCAGGUGAAGCUGGCAGAGCUGCAGCAGUCCUCACAAAAGUUCUACGAGAUGGUAUGGAUGAUUAUAGUGGCGUUGAUGAUACCCAAUAAAAGGACUUCAAGGUGGAGUUCAAGGUGUUUUACCAGAAUAUUGUAUACAAUGCUGUUCGAUUCAUUUCAUCUACUUGUCUCAUAUCUCGUCCUGAGCUCUGGCGUAUCACCGCCACUUCCUCUUGUACAUUGUGCUCGCCAAUACUAGGGUAGGAGCUAUAGGAAUGUCAGAAGUACAAUCAGAUUUGCCCUUCAAGCAUCUUUCUUUUGUAUCUAGUACUCUGGGCGUAUAAAAUGUAUUAGUAGUAGUAACGAAAUCUUUGAGACGUUAGCAAUGCGGAACUUCUGGUGUUCUGCUAAUCUCAGAGAUCUGAAAAGUUUGGAUUUCAUCCCAGACAAUGAAGGAAUUUCAAUCUUUCAUACCAUAUGAUUUCCGGCAUCCCUUGAGGGCUUAGAAUUAUUCAAAUAUCAUCC